AUGAGCUCAACCGUAGUGGGCUGUAGCCAUCGCCGCGUCCGGCCGGAAUCGGGGGCCUAUGGCAACACGCACAACUGCCAGACUGGCUCACGAGUGGACAGAACCAACGCAGCCACAGACAUGUCGGCCGUUUCAUGUCUUGUUGGAAAACUACUCUUUCAUCGUGUCUUCGUGAGUCUGACAGUGUCGGUCGACAUGAAUUGCACAAAUGCUCGCCGUCCGACGCGUCUGUAA